AUGAAAAAAAUAUUGAUUUGUUGUGUGCAUGCGAACAACAGACGAGUUAACAUGAAUAUUUAUGACAUAUCUCGACCAAGUUUCUGGACUUGUGAUGGUUGUGAUCGAUCGAUUCGGGAUGGAGAAUAUCGACAUAAUUGUACGAUUUGCGAAGAUUUUGAUUAUUGUGAACAAUGCGCUAACACCAUCAGUCCACCACAUCCUCAUCCGAUGAGAGAAGAACUUGCCUAUGGACGAAUACCGAAAAGCAGUAUCACUGCAGUCGAUAUGGCAACGGGUAUUGAAAAAGCUUUUGAUAUGUAUUGUAAUCGUCCUUGCAUGGGUAUCCGAGAUAUCGACAAGAGUAAUCCUUCAGUAUACUUGGAUUCUUACACUUGGCUCACCUAUAAAGUGAUUGGUGAUCGGACGAAAAAUUUUGCAAACGGAUUACGAAAUUUAAUUAAACCACGUGGUUAUCUUGGAAUCUGUGCAGCAAAUCGACCAGAAUGGCUGAUAACGGAUUUUGCAUGUAUGCUACAAAGUAUUAUCACUGUACCUAUUUACUGUUUGUUCGAUAGUCGAGAAAUGGCUUUUAUUAUUGAUAAUACUCAAAUUUCAGUUAUUGUUUGUGAUAAAAAAAUGUUGUCAAGAUUUAUUCAAUUAGCAGCCAAAUGUUCAUCACUUCAGUAUAUCAUCUGCAUGGAUCCAAUCGAUGCGACAAUGUCGAUAUCUGCGAACAGUAACGUGACUCUAUGUUACAUGGGUGAUGUUGAAGAGCUCGGCGCGAACACACGAUACGCACGUGUUAAUACUAAACCUUGUGAUUGUUUAACGAUUAUAUACACAAGUGGAAGUUCUGGUUUUCCAAAGGGUGCUAUUAUUUCUGAAGAAGCGUAUCGAGCAACAUUCGCCAAUUGGUUUCUAGACUGUGUUUCAUUGCGGGUGACUUUUAGUUAUCGACCAUUAGCUUGGGCAAGCGAUCGUGAUGCUGCUAUUGGAUCGUUUAUUGGUGGUGGACAGAUUGGAUUUUCAACAGGAGAUGUCAAUCGUUUAAUCGAAGAAAUAGCUCUUGUUCGACCAACACGAUUUUCUGCACCGCCAAGUAUUUGGAACAAAAUCUAUGUUGAGUACAAAACGGCUGUGUCUGUAAUCGAUCCUCAACUUUCGCCUACUGAGAAAGAACGAGAAGAAGACCGCUUAUUGAAACAAUUCGCAAAACUAAUACCCACGCGGUGUAAAAUACUAACCGUCGGCGGCGCGAAAGUUAGUCCAACAGUAUGGAACUUCAUGAAACGAUGUUUUCGUGAUUGUCGAAUCAAUGAAUCCUAUGGAAUAACAGAGUGUGGAAGUGUAGCAUAUAAUAAUUUACUUGAAAACAAUAUUGAAUACCGUCUCGAGUCCGUGCCUGAAAUGGGUUAUACAAUUGAUGACAGGCCAUAUCCACGUGGAGAGAUUCUCACGAAAACUACCCAAAUGUUUUCAGGAUAUGUAAACAAUCCUGAAGAAACUCGAGCAUCACUCACUAAAGAUGGAUUUUUUCGUACUGGUGAUAUCGUCGAAAUACGGCAAAAUGCUUCUGGACAACCAGACGUACAAGUAAUCGAUCGGAAGAAAAGUUUCUUCAAACUUUCUCAAGGACAAUUCAUCGCGCCCGAAUAUCUUCAAAGUAUAUAUAUUUGUAGUCCUUUCGUUGAACAAAUCUACAUUCAUGGUGACCUACUAGCUGAUACCAUUUCGGCAGUGGUCGUGCCGAACCGUGCGUAUGCCGAAAAGUUUAUUCUCGAUCACAAUAUACAGAAUUUCGAUAUGAAUAAUCCCUGUCCACAGUUUUGUGAUGCUGUUCUACAAGAUCUGCGUUCGAUCGCCAGGCAACAAGGAUUGCGUGUGCAUGAAAUUCCAUCACACCUUAUCAUCGAUUUUGAACCAUUUACACCAGAAAAUGGCCUAUUGACUUCUUCAUUCAAAUCAUGUCGACAUAAACUAGCUGCAUAUUAUGGCGAUAGACUUCGAGCAGGAAAGACUAUUGAUCAGCGAUUAAAGACCAUCGUUGAAAUAGCGACCGGUCAAUCGUUGUCAAUGGACAACGAUGAACAUUCAUUAUUUUCCAGUGGUGGAAAUUCGUUGACAGCUGUGAGAUUGUCUCGUAUGAUCGAAAAAGAUUUUGGAGUACCCGUGCCAAUAGGUGUUCUUUUCGAACCGGAUAUGACUGUUGAGCGUUUGACAACUUUAAUCACAGAUCCAUCUAAACUUUCAUCGAUGUCUCAACCGAUCGUACAUAAAUUACUGAACGAUUCUCAAUUAGACUUGAUUAUUGAUAAAAAUAAACCAAAGAAAGUGGUCGAUCUGCCAUCGAUAAUAUUCAUUACUGGAACGACUGGAUUCGUCGGCGCUUUUCUACUGGCUGAACUUCUAAAGACUUAUCCAUCAAAUUGUAAAUUUAUUUGUCUUGUGCGUUGUGAAAACUCUUCAGUAAAUCUCAUGGAUCGUAUUCAGGCAACAAUGCGUUUCUAUCAAAUAUGGAAAGAUGAAUAUCAGGAACGAGUUAUCCCUUUACAAGGUGAUUUAUCUCAAACAUAUUUUGGAUUAGACAAUGAGCAUUACGAAUUACUUGCCAAGCAAGUCGAUUUAAUCUUUCAUUGUGGUGCUACUGUCAAUUUCGUGCUUCCAUAUAGUCAACUAUAUGGUCCUAAUGUGUGUGGUACCCGAGAAAUUAUUCGAUUAGCCACGCAUUCAACGGCUUUCAUACCAGUGCAGUAUAUUUCAACAGUAAGUGUAUUACCUGGUCAUAUUAAAGAAGAGAUUUCAAUUGAUAACAUUUCUCCACUCGGCUUAACCAGUGGUUAUGGACAAAGCAAAUGGGUAGCAGAGAAACUUAUUACCAAAGCAAGUCAAUUCGGCGUACCAGUUGUAAUCUAUCGUCUCGGCUCAAUCUGUGCUGCGACAGAUACAGGGGCGUGUAAUAGAAAUGAUAUUCAUACAUUACUGUUUGCUGCAAUGAUGAAAUUAGGUGCUUAUCCGAAACGACAAACGAAUUGUUCUAUACAUGGGUUAGCCGUGGAUUUUACUGCUAGGAGUAUAGUCGGUUUGAGUCGUGUUCAACAUGAUCGAAAUGGGAAAGUUUAUCAUGUGAUUAAUCCGGUCCAUAGUGUUCUUUUCAAAGACAUCGUUAAUAGUAUAAAUCGUUGCUCGAGUCCAUUAAUUGGAGUUUCACAUGAUAAGAUUUUCUACAAGAAAGUAAUUUUACCGAAAACUCUCAAAUAUCUUCUCAGGAAUAUUCCAGCGCUAUUUCUCAUCUGA